AUGGAUAAGCUUACCGCCCCCGGUAUGGCAGAACGGCGCUCGGAGCCCGCCCCGGCCACACCUGUCAACACCUCUGCCUAUACUGGACUUGACACAUUGAUCUCUCCAAACAAUCAUCUGCUUGAUUCUGAUUUCUCAAUUCACUCUUACAACGAACUUCAAACCACCAGCAUGGCUGACCGAUUCCCUUCCCUGGAGGACUUCUCUGAAGGCCAGACCGAAGUGGCCGAUGCCCCCACUGCCACAGAUGACGACUUCCUUGCCCGUGAACGCGCCGCACUCGGUGAAGACGCAGAUCAAUUCGCUACUGCCCAAGACCAUGUCGGCGGGGAUGACGAUCUGCUGGGCGGAGGCGACGAGCCAGUUGAGGAGAUCGGUCAAUUCGAAUCAUCUUUCCCUUCCGUCGAAACUCAGAACCAGAACGAGCGCGUUGCUCCCGGUGGUACAAUUACUGGCUCCGGCUCACCUUUCCCCCGUACCGGUUACCCAAGCACCCAGGAGACAGAAGAUGAGGGUGAUGCUGUUCGUGAAUGGCGUGAGAAGCGCGACGCCGAGAUUGCCCGCCGCGCAGAGGUCUCUACCGAGAAGAAAGCCGCUACCGUCAAAAAGGCCCAGGAGGACAUCGACGAUUUCUACGUUUCAUACAACAACAAGGCGGACAAGAAUCGCUCGCUCGCUCGGACUGAAGCCGAGCAAUUCCUUGCGAACAGGGAAGACACUUCUGCCGGUGGAACUAGCUGGGAGCGCAUUGCCAAGUUGGUUGAUGUUUCGGGCAAGGGCUCCGCGGGCGGUGCCAGCGGUUCUGGAAAGGAGCGGUUCCGUGAGCUGUUGCUUGAUCUCCGGAAGGACCAGGAGGCCCCUGGCUCGACCGGUAUCUAG